UGAUGCCAAAUCUGUUAUUGCAAAUCUUACAUGUAAAAAGACAGAGCAGCACUUCAAGCCCUAUCUGAAGCAGCAUCUCCCCAAGCGCCUUCACUACGCCAACAACAGGAGAAUAGAGGACAUCCACCUGUUAGUGGAGAGGAAGUGGCAUAUCGCAAGGAAGUCUCCAGAAGGAGGAAAGAGGCACCCUGGGAAAUGUGGUUUUGCAGGAGAUCACGGUUAUGACAACAAGAUAAACAGCAUGCAGACUAUUUUCUUUGGAUAUGGACCAAUGUUUAAAUUCAAGACCAAAGUGCCAGUUUUUGAAAACAUUGAACUAUACAAUGUCAUGUGUGACCUGCUUGGCCUGAACCCUGCCCCUAACAACGGGACUCAUGGCAGUCUGAACCACCUGUUGAAGAGCCCGGUCCACAAGCCCACCGUGCCAGAGGAGGUGUCUAAACCCACCAUCUCAGGUCCCAUCAUUACUCUGACCGAUGACUUAGGCUGCAGCUGUGAUGACAAGAACAAAGUGGAAGAGCUUAAUCAGAGACUGAGGCAAGCUGUCGAUGACAGCAAGAACCUCCCUCAUGGUCGUCCUGCAGUUCUGUUCCGUACUAAAUACAGCAUCCUACACCACAGUGACUAUAUCAGUGGGUACAGUGACUCACUGUCUAUGCCCCUGUGGACGUCCUACACAGUCUCUAAACAG